GCGGGCGCCGCACGUAAAGUCUCUGGUGCGGCGCCGCUACGUAACAGCGUCCGCCCUUCAAGCCUCCCUUUCCCCUUCGUCGUCCCAGCCGCCAUCAGCAGACCGAUCUGGCCCCUUGCCCACCCUGCACAAUCCCGAUGGCAACCGAGGCCGGCCGACCCGCCUCGCUCCUCACUGCCGUCGAAGGCUACGUCGGCGACCGGUCCAACGAGAGGACCGCCACAGGCAUCACGAGGAAGGGCCUGAGCAUCAAGGUGUCCCUUCUCGCCAACCGCCCGCCACAACCGUCCAAGCUGUGGGUGCACUGCCCGGAGGCCGUGCACGUCGACACCCCCCGCGUCCUCUGCACCGCCGGCGACCUGAUCCUCUUCCGGGUCGACGUCUCCCCCGAUUGUGUCCCAGACAGCCGUUUCUCGAUGCGGCAGGAUUGCGACUACUUCCUCUACCGCGCUGACCCCAAUUCGCCAGUGCUCACGCUCCUCGACGACAUGCGCACCAGAGGUUUCGAAGACAAUGAGAUUGGUAUUCUUCCCCGUGGUCUCCACCACUACACCAUCGCCGCGCUGCUUCCUGGUCCUCUCAGCUUCAAAGAGUUCGUGCUCCAUUUGUUCCACUCCGAGACAUCCAGCUGGAGCUCCAUGGUGCUGCCCGUGGCUGAGCCACAGGUGGAGUUCGAUUGCUUCAUCCCCACCAACACGGAUCUCUAUUACCAUUAUACUUCCAACGUCAUCACAAUCGGCGGUGAGCACGGCACCAUGGGCUGGGUCGAUCUCUGGCGAGGCAUCCUGUUGUGUGAUGUGCUGCGUGAGAAGCCAACUCUCAGGGGAAUACCGCUGCCGCUGCCGAUGGAACAUAUCACCGCCGGCAAACAUUUAGGCCGUGCAAUGGACUGCCGAGGCAUUGCCGUCGUCAAUGGCCGUCUCAAGCUUGUCCAUCUGGACAUCAACGCCAGUUACGACAUAAACAUCAUUGACCCGGAGACAGAGCACCCAACUAUGCUGGUGGAUGACUGGGCGAUCUCCUCAUGGAGCAAUAGCACGCUGGAGAAUUCUUACGAAGCUUGGGGCGAGCCUGAAUGCACGGUCCAAGCUGAUGAGGUUGCAAUCAAAACUGAUAUGAUUUCACAACCGACUGGAAUGCUGCUGUUGCCAUCAGAGGAGGGUGUUGAGAACCCAGAACAAGAGGCUGCCUACUUCCAGCGCCUUGUGAUGUCUGACCCGUCUCCGAGCUUGGAUGGUGAUGGUGUUGUUUACCUAAUUGCUGCGAAGGAGAAAUCAUAUGACCAAAAGUCAUGGAUCCUUGCUCUUGACAUGAAUACCAAGACGCUGCAAAGUGUUGUUCCGUUUGGCACCGUAGAAGACCCAAGUGAUCCUGUCGUGUAUUGCACUAGCAGGCCUGCCUCCAAUACUUGAGUUAUCUGGUUGAACUGGAGACCAUAUGGGCUAUCUACGGCAGGAACAAAUUCAGCAUGAAAUGUUUUUCUCAAGGUUAAAUUAAGAAAGCAUGCCCCGGUGCUGUACGCAGUUUAUCUCUUGGUCUUGCUUGACAUAUCCAUUUAGUGCAUUUUACUCCCUCCGUCCCAUAAUAUAAAAGCGUUUUUGACACUACUGAGGGAAUACUAUGUUAGAUACAAGACAUGAUCUCUUGUGUUUGUGAUUUGUGGUCAACUUUCUUAAUAUGUUUUAGCAACAUAUAUCUCUCGUUGUGAGUAUUUUAUUGGA